CCGCCGGCGGCCGCCGCGGCGAUGGUGGCUCGGGCCGCCCGCAGCCCCGCAGGUUGAUGAAGAGGGAGUGCUGUGACCCCCUGCCCGUGACAGUCAUUUCAGGGCCCCCGGGCGGGCUGUGAGCGCGGCCGGCGGUGGCGGUGGCGGUGCGGGUGCCGGCCGCCCGCCGCGCCGCACGGAGCAUGCCUCUGAGCCCCGCCGGCAGCCAGCAUGAGAGCCCCGACUCGCCGCCGCCGGAGCCGCUGCCGGAGCGCCAGCCCCGCGCCGCCGCCGCCGGGGAGCCGAGCGCCGGCCUGCGGGAGGAGACGCGGCUCGACCCGGCCCGGGGCCCCGCCGGGCCCCGCUCCCCCAAGCUGGCGGCCCCGGCGCGCAUGGAGGAGCCCGCGCCCGGCGCCAUCGUCGUCCGCAUCGGCAUCCCCGACCUGCAGCAGACGAAGUGUCUCCGGCUGAACCCCGACGUUCCCGUGUGGGUGUCCAAGCAGCGCAUCCUGUGCACCCUGAACCACAGCCUGAAGGAUGUGCUCAACUACGGGCUCUUCCAGCCGGCCUUCAACGGCAGGGCCGGCAAGUUCCUGGACGAGGAGCGGCUGCUGCGGGAGUACCCCCUGAACCCCGACACGCCCGUGCCCUACCUGGAGUUCCGGUACAAGCGCCGUGUGUACACCCAGGCCCUGCUGGAUGACAAGCAGUUUGCCAAGCUCCACACCAAGGCGAACCUGAAGAAGUUCAUGGAGUACGUGCAGAUGUUGAACGCGGAGAAGGUCUGCAGGCUCCUGGAGAAGGGACUGGACCCCAACUUCCAUGAUCCGGAUACUGGAGAGUGUCCCCUGACGGCGGCGGCGCAGCUGGAGCUCAGCUCCGAGAUGAUCAAGGCCCUGCGGAACGGGGGAGCCCACCUGGAUUUCCGGACGCGGGAGGGGAUGACGGCCCUGCACAAGGCCGUGCGCUGCCGCAACCACGCCGCGCUGCUGACACUGCUGGACCUGGGAGCGUCCCCGGACUACAAGGACAGCCGGGGGCUGACGCCCCUGUACCACAGUGCCAUGGUGGGGGGGGACCCGUACUGCUGCGAGCUCCUGCUGCACGACUACGCCCGGCUCGGCUGCGUGGACGAGAACGGCUGGCAGGAGAUCCACCAGGCCUGUCGCUACGGCCACGUCCAGCACCUGGAGCACCUCCUGUUCUACGGGGCCGACAUGACUGCCCAGAACGCCUCAGGAAACACCGCCCUGCACAUCUGUGCCCUCUACAACCAGGAGAGCUGUGCCCGGGUGCUCCUCUUCCGUGGUGCCAGCAAGGAGAUUCGGAACUACAACAGCCAGACGGCGUUCCAGGUGGCCAUCAUCGCGGGGAACUUCGAGCUGGCUGAGAUCAUCAAAACCCACAAAGAGUCUGAUGUUGUGCCUUUCCGAGAGACGCCGAGCUACACGAAGCGGCGGCGGAUCCUGGGCGGCGGCGGCCUGGCGUCCCCGCGGCUGCUGCAGCGCUCGGCCAGCGACAACAACCUGAAGGCCGAGAGCCGCGCGUCCUACUCGCCGGUGCCGUCGCUGCGCAGCCUCCCGCCCCAGCUGCUGGUGCAGAUGCAGGAGGCGGCGGCCGGGGUGGUGGUGGCGGCGGGGGACGGCGGCCUGGCCGGCUCGGGCAGCGCCCGCAGCGCCCACAGCCGCUCGCCCUCCCUGCAGCGCGUGCAGGAGGAGAAGGAGGCCGACCUGCCCACGCUCCGCAGGAGCAGCCGCGGCAAGGCCAGCCCCGGCGGCCCGGCCGGGCCCCCCGGCCCCGGAGCCGAGCCCGCGCCGCACGCCGCGCCCGCCCCGCUGCGCGGGCCCAAGCGGAAGCUGUACAGCGCCGUGCCCGGCCGCAAGUUCAUCGUGGUGAAGAGCUACGCGCCGCAGGGCGAGGGCGAGAUCCAGCUCAACCGCGGAGAAGCCGUCAAGGAAACGAGUGUUGGUGGCCGGUUUAAUCAUUCCUGGUGUUCCUUCAGACACAACAGCCUGCUGGGAGACAUCAAAGGCACCCUGACCAGGUCCUGGCUGGGGAGAAAGGAGGUUUCUUGUUCCCUUUUCCUGGCAAAUGGCACAGCUUAGUCACCAGUUCUACCUGCCAGGCUGAGGUUGGUGA